GAGGAGGCUCUUCUGUGGCUGGUGCCAGUUGUCAAAGCCUCCAACAAGGCUCUACUGAGUCACUGUUACCUCUCAGAGAAAAGCUGUGAUGCUCUGUCCUCAGUUCUCAACUCCCACUCCUCUUAUCUGAAAGAUCUGGACCUGAGUAACAAUAACCUGCAGGAUUCAGGCAUGAAGCUUCUGUCUGCUGCACUGCGGAGUCCACAUUGUACACUGGAAACUCUCAGAUUGGGGAGCUGUGGUUUGUCAGACAUCAGCUGUGAUUAUCUGGCAGCAGCGCUUAAGUACAACCCCUACCUUAUGAGAGUCCUGGACCUGAGCUUCAACAAGCUGCGGGAUUCAGGAGUGAAGCAGCUGUGUGUUCUUCUGGAGAAUCCACGAUGUCGAUUUGAAACUCUGAGAUUGAUGAGCUGUGGUUUGUCGGAGAUCAGUUGUGUUUAUCUGGCAGCAGCGCUGAAGUCCAACCCCUCCCAUCUAAGAGAGCUGGACCUGAGUGAGAACAAUAAGCUGCAGGAUUCAGGAGUGAAGCAUCUGUGUGGUUUUCUGGAGAGACCAGGAUGUGGACUUGAAACUCUGAGAUUGUGGAACUGUGGUUUGUCAAAGAUAAGCUGUGAUUAUCUGGCAGCAGCGCUAAAGUCCAACCCCUCCAAUCUGAAAGACCUGGACCUUAGAGAAAACAACCUGAAGGAUCCAGAUGUGAAGCAGCUGUGGGAUCUUAAGGAGAGUCCAGACUGCAGAUUGGAGACUCUGAGGCGGAGGUCAUGGUAAACAGGGUGUGUGUGCUGAGAGAGGAGGAGCUGUGUCCUGAUGACCCAGAUAGGAUGAAGCAGCAGCAGCUUGUGUGUAGAGACGCUCUGAUUGGGCCAUGUUACUGGGAGGUGGAGAGGAGAGGAGAGCUUCAUCCAGCAGUGACUGACAGAGGAAUGAAGUGCAGAUGACUGUCAGUGCUGCAGAGUGAACUGCUCUGAGAACAGCUGACAGAGGAUCAUCGGAGUAUCUCGGACUGCUCUGCUGCUGCUCUGUCCUUCUACAGUCUCUGUCUGACUCUGGCUUCAGACCCUCCUGGAUCAAACUCACCUGGAAAGGCUUUCAAACACCUUUGAAUAAUAAACAUCAUGUUUUUAUAAGAUAAAUAUCAUGUUUUCAUGGAUAUGUGCAGUUUGAGCCUUAGUGGAUAAAUCAGUGCUUAAUUUUUAAUGUGGAUACUAAUGAUCAAUAAAUGUGCUGAUUGGAAUCAAA